AUGAAGCUAUCCGCUGUCCUUCCACUCGUCUCCCUCCUCGCAGGGGCUCUUGUGAGCGCCGUUGAGCUCCCUGCCGGCGUGCCAAGGAACAUUGCCGAGUUCCGAACCAAGCAUCCUUGGAAGGCUCCCACCCUCAACCACCGCAAAAAGGUCACCAUCCGUUCUUCCAAGAAUGACAAGGAUGAUGUCUCGGAUGCGUUUUUCAAGGGCUUGAAGAAGGCGAACCAUGGUGGCACCCUCUACCUUCCCAAGGGGCAUACUUACAUGAUCGGCAAGCCUUUGGACUUGACCUGGUUGAACGAUAUUCACAUCCAUCUCGAGGGCGAGAUCAAGUUCACCAACGAUACCGCGUAUUGGCAAGCGAAUGCUUUCACUCACCCGUUCCAGAACUCUCUCAUGUUCUGGAAGUUGGGAGGUAAGAACAUCAAGUUCUAUGGCGAGGGUGUCCUGAACGGAAACGGCCAGCGCUGGUGGAAUGAGUUUUCAGGACUCGAGAUUCUCGACCCUGACAACGAAUAUCUGCGCCCCAUCCUCUUCUACGCCCAGAAUGCCACCAAUUUGUCGAUUGAGGGCAUUCACCUCAAAGACUCACCUUGCUGGACUACAUUUAUCGUUACCUCCAAGGAUAUUGCCUUCCGCGAUGUCAUUUGCACUGCGCAGUCUAACAACGCCACCGUUCUCCCCAAGAACACUGACUUCUUCGACUCGCUGAACAUUGAAAACCUCAGUGUAGAGCGCGCAUGGGUCAACAUUGGUGAUGACUGCUUCUCACCUAAGAGCAAUGCCACCAACAUCCACGUUGACACCAUGUACUGCAAUGGCACGCACGGCCAGUCGAUGGGAUCUCUCGGCCAGUACAAAGGCGAGAAGUCAUUCGUCCAGGAUGUCCUCAUCGAGAAUGUCUGGCUCCUCAACGGCCAGCACGGCGCCCGCCUCAAGACCUGGGCCGGCCCUGACGUUGGCUACGGCUUCAUCGACAACGUCACCUUCCGCAACUUCUGGAACGCCAACAACGAGUACUCGGCCUACAUCGACUCGUGCUACUUCAACAUCAACUCGACGACGUGCGCGCAGUACCCCUCGCAGAUGAACAUCACCAACGUCCUCUUCAAGAACUUCACCGGAUACACCUCCGGCAAGUACGGCCGCGCCGUGGCCAAGUUGACCUGCAGCACUAACCCGAAUGCUGUUUGUGAGAACAUCAAGUUUGAGGACUUCAACGUGCAGAGCCCCUGCGGCGGAACUCCUCUUGUUAUCUGUGAUGGCGUCUCUGAUAUUGGCACCGACUGCUAUUCCGUCAAUAGUCCCGAGGCCAAGGCAGCGCUUGCGAAUAAAUGCACCACUGCCCAGGCGUCCAUUAGUCCUUUCCCCGUUCGGGACUUUUAA